CUUGAACAGCGUCCAGCUGCCUCGCCUUUAAAAUGACAGGGCAGCCGCGGCUCCGCUCAGAGCCCCCUCUCGGCUGCUGGCCCGGGCUCGCCCGCGCCGCCGGGGCUCUGACUCAGCCGCAGCCCGGCCGCUCCCGCCGAGCCGGGCCUGGGCAGCGCCCCCCGCGCUUCGCGCGCCCGCGCCCCCGGCACCGGAAAACGCCGUAGCCAGCGAUCCGCGGUCGCCCUGGGCUCGGCACCGGCCCAGCCAAGACCCCGGGAGCGCACGGGACGGGCCUCGCCAGUUACACUCCAGCGCCCCCACCAGCCAGCACAGCUCCUGCUCUCCGUGAACAGCCACUGCUCUCCAUGGGCGACCCCCAUGAUGCCUGACCACUCCCUGUGCCUCCUGGAAAAGCCAGGGUCCUUAUGAAGUGGUGACCACUCCAGUCAGCAGGGGUGGAAAAUGGUACCAGUCAAGCCCGAGGCAGAGGAGGAGCAGCCUGCAGUCGCUGCCACGAGAUGGAGGAGCCCACGCCCGAGCCCGUCUAUGUCGACGUGGACAAAGGGCUGACCUUGGCCUGCUUCGUCUUCCUCUGCCUCUUCCUUGUCGUGAUGAUCAUCCGCUGUGCCAAGGUCAUCAUGGACCCUUACAGCGCCAUCCCCACAUCCACCUGGGAGGAGCAGCACCUGGACGACUGAGGCACAGCGGCGGUGGAGACUGGACCUGGCAAUCUGCGGGUGGCUGUGCCCCAGGAUGCACCCAUGUGUCCCCUGCCAGCCUGCCAUCCCACAGAGGCAAGGAAUGAAUCUGGUCACCCAGGGAAGGAGAAAGUGCAACUUAGCCCUGUCAGCCCUCCCUCGAGCACCAGCGUGGAAUGCCCAGGUGCCAUGGGUGUCACAACCAUGGAGCAGCCAGGGGAAAAGAGCCCUGGACCAGGACCCAGGAGGCUGGGGUUCCAGUGUGGGGAGUCACUGUGAGAUGAUGGGGUAGUCACCUUCCCAGGCUCCUGGGCACCUUUUGGAAUUGGAUCCAGCAACAGACACCCCCCAGCCAUCACACAACAGUGGUCUUGCCUUGAGGAGACUCUCUAUACUUAAAAUACAAAGUAGCACAUGAAGGCUUCCAACCAAGAGGUCCCACCUGAACCCCAGCCCCCUCCCCACGGACCAGCAAUGGUGUGGCAGUGAGGGGCGAAAGCAGGUUGAGGGAGUCUCACCUGAAAAUUCAUGAAGGGCACAGGAUAUGGGCUGCUUCCAAGCAGUAUUUUUUUUAAACUAAAAUAUAGAGGGAUAUAUUUUUCCUGUUAUAAAUAAAAUGUACAUUUUAGAAACUUGGGAAAAUGCAGAUAAAUAGAAAGAAAGGGAGGGAAAUAACACUUAAUAAUUCCACCUCCCAGAAACCACCAUUUUGAUAUAUUUUCUUCCAGCCUUUUUACUUGUAUUUUUUAGUCAAAUUCAUACUCCAUGCAUGGUGUUGUAUCACUUCAUAUGGUAGCAUGAAUAUUCCCCACGACAUCAAACACUCUUCUUAGCUGCCAGUUUCAGUGACUGAAGGGUCACUUCAGUCACUAACCAUCAGUUGGGUAGGUCAUGGUUAAAAAAUCAUCUCCUUUGGUUGUACAUUUAAUUUUUUUCAGUAAUUUUUCCUCACACAAAAAUUAUUUCACCCAGUAACCUUUCUGAGGGUGCACAGUCCAUGAGAUAAAUAUUGAAUGGGGAGAUCUGUGUUCUAGUCCCACAUUUAUCAGUCAGGUUACAAUGUGACCUUGAGCAAGUCACUUCACCUCCCAGUGCCUCAGUUUCCUCAUUGUAAGAUAGGAAAAGCCUUGUCAUUUUAAAAUGUUUAUUUUUUGCAUAUACCUCGUGAACAAAAGGACAGAAAGGAGAGUGAAUGUGCUAUAAAUUUGCUAUAGUCAGAGUUGGGGGGCAAGGAAGAAGUUAUUGAUGAUGACUCUUCUCGGGCCCUCCCUCCUCCCACCUCCUUCUGCCCUCGACCCCACUCCCACUCCAUCACCUACAUCCAUGACCUUGCAGCAAAAUUAUUAGAGCAGAGCCUACAAAACUGGUCCCAGGUCCCAAUUCCUCUACUUCCUUGUUAUAGCACCCCAGAUAACUCACUUAGCCUCUCUGAGCCCCAAUUUCCUCAUCUGUAAAGUGAGGGAAUAACAUCUACCUCACAAGGUUGUUGUGAGGAUGAAAUGAGAGAACAUGGGCAAACAUGAAUGCUCUUGAGUUCACCACCCCAGGAGAAGCCAGGGGUCUGAGCUGGGAGGAGUGCCCCCUGCCCCUACAGAGCCUGGAACCCUCAGCUUUCCUCAACUUCCGAGGGCUACUUCCUACAGGCCAAAUCUCCCAGCCAGAACCACUUGGUCAGAGGAAUAGUCACAGCAGCCUUCCCUAGCACCUGACCUCAAGGGGUGUGGUGUCUUCCAAUUUACGUAAUUGCCAGUGUCAUCAGUUUUCCCGUAACAUGAUAUGAAGUUAAACAAGAGCACCUGAGCUCCCCUUCCUCUGAGUGCAUUUAUUCUGUCCCUCCAAAGUGUGGCCUUCCAUCCCCAUCCAAGAGACCUGCAGCUGUGAAGAAGUUCAAGACUUCUCAUUGUCUGCCUCCCAGCCAUUAGUCCCCACCACAGCCCAGGCCACCUGGAAAAUGGGUUUCCAAAGCACUAUCACUACUAGGUGACCCCUGAAUGCGGACAAGGCCACAGCUGUUCAGGCAGCAUUUCAGGGGAUAUCCAGUUGUCAUCCCUCUCCUACCCCUCUCCUACCCACCCCUAUCCCCACUAUUGUGGGAUGCACAAAGGGACAGCUGGCAAUGGCAGUGAACCAAGAGGCAGGGAAGGCCCUGUAUAAUGAGGAGGAUCUAAAGCAAGACUCGUGUGCAUUGCCUCAGGUUCAGCAGCAGCAGCCCUCACUCUGAAGCCUACCUUGAGAUGCCAGGCACUUCUGUUAAAAAUCUCAUCAGUAUGCAUUUACAAUGUAAACUAGAACCAACUCCCAGUAAGCUAAUAACAGACUCCAGGAACAAGAAAAGGUCUUCCAGACCGCCCCUGGACACACUUUAGAACCCUCGGGUGAAAAAGAGGGUGCUCCAGGGCAGUGCAACUUAACCUGUGGUUGAAGGACAAACAGCCUCUGCAAUACUUGAGGAGCUCGUUAGAAACCCAAACUCACAGCCCCCUCCAGACCAAUGUACAGAAUGUACAUUAGCAAGAUUCCCUAGAUGGUUUCUAUGCACCUUAAAGUUGAGGAAGCACUGCCUGAGAAUCCCUUGGUCCUAAUUAAUUCUUUUCCACACUCAGAUUCGCUAAUGGGUUUCACCUUAUCUCUUGACUCUUGUUUGAUGGCAACGGGAAAUAGUAACAUUUCAGGAAGGGUGGAAAAUAUAAAAAGCACUCCCAACCCAAGCCUCCAAAAAACAGCAAUUUUAAUUUGUGUCCAUAUAUUGCCUUCUAAUCAUUGUCCUCAUGCAAGAUUUUUUUUCAUAAAGAUGAUCUGCUAUAUAAUUUUAUAUCAUACUCUUUCUCCUAAUAUUACAUCGUAAGUAUACUUUCGUGUUGCUACUACAUUCUUCACACUUGUCAUUUUAAUGGCCAUAAAACAUGACAUCUAGUACACAUAUAUAAUUAUGUAGCUUCCUAUUAUUAAAUACUUGGAUUUCUUCCAUUUUCCCUAUUAUACACAUUCCAAGGAAAAAAGAAAGGUUAAAAAUACAUAUGAUGAAGGCAGGGUGCUUGCUUAGGACAGGGAAGAAUAAAUAUUUACUAUACACUCCCUCCAUCUAAGAGACACAUGGAGCACAGCGGGGAGGGAGACCUCUCUAAGAACUGGAUCAUAUUAAGGAGAAAAAAGCAACUGGAAUCUCAGGCUUCAGUAGUUGCAUUAUGGUGCUGAAGCACAGAGGAGAUGGUCCUUUGUGACCAGAGCAUCUCAACUCGUUUCUGGCAAGCUGAGAUGAACUUUGGGGUUGUGGAUAGAAAGAUAAACUGAUCAGCAAAAGGAAUGAACAGAAGUCUUCAAGGCUAGAAGUUGGCAGAGAAGAAAUGAAAAGUAUUAAGAGAAUGGGAGGCCUGUGAAGUUGGCCAUAACCCAGGACUUAAGGAGAACACAGACUGGAGAACUCUCCAAAGCAGAGAAUGGGUGGUGGGUUUUCCAGGCAGUGAUGCCUAGAGGCCAGUUUUAAGUUGUGGCUUGUGCUGUGCUCAGCUACACUCCCUUCAUGUCGCCCCAAGCCCUCUCUGAAGUCUGAUAAACGAUCCACUCUGCAGCAGUGGUCUUUGGGACAAUGAAGACACCUCGGUGGUGGGUCAUGUAGGGAAAUACGAUCUGGAAGGGGCCAGCAGUCCCACAGACAAGUGGGGUAGCAGAAAUAUGCAGAACCAAGAGUUCAGAGUGAUGAUCACUAGAAGAAACGCAGCCCCUAAGGAUGCUCAGAGAGUUGGAUACAUAUAGUAGGACCCUAGCUUUACCAUCCUGGCAUAUCAUUCCCAUCAUAGAUAUUUCGUUUUUUUCUAAUUAGUUGCUCAAAUGUCUACAUGUUCUUAUUGAAUUGAAAACCAGUGUCUCCCUGUCUCAUUAAAUUUCCAGAACUUCAGAGGCUAAAUCAAUCCAAAAGGGGCCGGUCCUGCUUUCAAACACCAAGUGAGGAGAACUGCAAAGCUUGGUGUGUGCACUAGUGUGGUUUCAUACCACUAGGUCUUGUUGUUGAGGACUGGUUCUGCCAUGCAUGAUCAAUGACCACCCGCAAUGUCCUGUGGCCCCGCCUGUGGAGAGGUGCUCACACAGAGUUAUCUGGGUCCACAUCCACGUUCCCAGCUAUUCUGUCCAAUCAUAGCACAAAGACAGGUUGCCCGUAUCCAGAGGGACACACAGCCUCAGCCACACCAGCCCUUACUUAUGAGCUUGAUGGUCAUCAGCAAAGACUCUCUCCCUUUAGGAGGGUUCUCCUUGGGAGCUUUCAGUGUCUUGGCAGGAAAGAGAUGGCACGCACGAAGCGCUGACUGAAGAUAGUUUAAUGAAAGAAUAUUUACAGAGUUUGGGCAAGGGUAUGGAAAGCAACAGGGAAGAGUAAAACACCCAGGGAUGGCCGGGCAAGGAAGCUCAUGUCUGUAAUCCCAGCACUUUGGGAGGCCAAGGCCGGCAGACUGCUUGAGCCCAGGAGUUUGAAACCAGCCUGGCCAACAUAAGCAAGAACCUGUUUAUCUACAAAAAAUAAAAUGUUUUUUAAAAAAUUAGCUGGGUGUGGUGUUGCACACCUAUAGUGCCAGCUACUCAGGAGUCUGAGGUGGGAGGAUCACUCGAGUCCAGAAGUUUGAGGUUACAGUGAGCUAGGAUCACACUACUGCACUCCAGCCUGGGUGACAGAGAGAGGAAAACAAACUACCCAGGGACAGGCAGGCCACAAACUAUUACCAUCUCAGCCUAGAGAGACAAGGAGGAGGAUCUAGAACCCAGGGAGAGCUACAGCCAUGGAGAAGGAGUCACCCGAUGGAAGCCCUGGUCACAGCUAGAGGAUCAAAACUCCUGCACCCACUGCAGCUCAGUAGGAAGAGAGCCAGGGGAAUAAAUACCUUGACCUCUUGCCUCCUGCCCUCCAAUCUCCUGUCUGGGUCUUCCAUUGGCCAAAAACAACAGAAGCUAAAGGUCAGGGGACCCUGAGUGAUACGGUCCACAUAGGCAGCACACUGGAGCAAAAGUAGAAAACCCAGCACAAUUCAUCCUAUUACCACUUAGCAGCCAUUCACAAACGUUGCUUAGAUGGGAGAAAAAUAUUUUGUCCCCAGCACAGGGGAAACAUAAAAUCUCACCAGUCACCAUAUUGUCUGGGGCUGAUAGCAAUUUAGUCCCAUUCCCACCUGCAACUUAAAUCAUAAUGUAGCCACUCCUGGGUAAGUGGAACACUUCCUGUAAAGCACAACUUCUAGUGCCCCCUUCUGUGACUGAUCAUGGGGCCCAGAGUGGUAACUGUAGUCUUGUUCUCCCACCACCCAUUCCAUAGCCCCUCUACCUUCUGGCAGUCCCUUAGCUGUUGGAAAAUUUUAUUUGGUGGAAUGACCCAAAUCUUCAUCCACAGAGGAUUCAAAUUCUUGGUGCCCUGUCUUCAUUGAGUUGCCACAGUAUCCACAGAUUCCUAAAGAACAUGAAGAGGCCUUGAAGAUCUCACCUGGAAGCACUGUAAAAUUCUCAGAAAGAAUAACAGGUGCUCUAGGGCAACAACUACUAUGGUCCAAGGAUGGACAGCAUUGGCAUCUCUGGGGAGCCUGUUAGAAAUCUAAUUUCGUGCCCCCACCUCAGGCUUACAGAAUGAGGACAAGGGAUACAGGGAGUACCAAGUGCCCUAGUGAAUCCCAGGGUUCCAAAGCUAGUACUCCUUGCCCCUAUUGUGUAGCAGAAACCCUACUUUCCCUUGGAUAUUGGGGUGAACCAUCCUGACAGUGCAGUGAUCUCUUUCUCUGCCAAUGUUUCAACAUAAGGAGCCCCAGAUGGCACAAGAUCAUCUUCCAAUUUAACAGAUCCAUAACUAUACUCCCUGGUGGAAGCAGUUCCUCUUGGUCACUAGAGAUUUCCAAACCCACAAAACCUAAGGUUUCUUGUUUAAAGGCCACGUUUGUGGGAUAUACUGAGAUGAAUAUGCUGUGGUUUGAAUGUGUCCCCCAAAGUUCAUAUGUUGGAAACUUGAUUCCCAAUGCAACAGUGUUGAGAGGUGGGGCCCAAUGAGAGGUGAUUAGGCCACGAGGGUGGAAUGAAUGGAUUAAUGCUGUUAUCUUGAGAGUGGGCUUGUUUUGAAAGGGGGUGUUUCGUCCCCUUUUCUCUCUUGCCCAUGUGAUUCAUUCCACCAUGUUUAUGAUGCAACAAGAUCCUCACCAAAUGCUGGUUCCUUGAUCUUGGAUUUUGCAGCCUCCAUAAUCGUGAGCCAAAUAAAUUUCUAUUCAUUAUAAAUUA